GCGACCGGACCCGAAGCGGGGCAGUUGUUUUCUGUGGAGAGGUUAGUAGAGCAGCGCGCGUGUCACUGGAGUCGUUUCUCUUCGGAGUCUUAGGUGAUCGAGGGUGUGCCCAGGGGGUGGAUUUGUUUGCGCCUCCUGUUCCCUCCCAGUUUCCGAACGUAACACCCCCUCACCCCGGCGCCGACGGCCCUGUGCAGGGGAGGCAGGAUGGAGUUCAAGCUGGAGGCUCACCGCAUCGUCAGCAUCUCUCUGGGCAAGAUCUACAAUUCGCGGGUCCAGCGUGGCGGCAUCAAGCUGCAUAAGAACCUUCUGGUCUCGCUGGUGCUGCGCAGCGCCCGCCAAGUCUACCUGAGCGACCCGUGUCCCGGCCUCUACCUGGCCGGUCCCGCUGGGACCCCGGCGCCGCCACCGCAGCAGCAGUCCGGGGAGCCGGCGGCCGGGCCACCCGCCGGCUGGGGAGAGCCGCCCCCGCCCGCCGCCCGUGCCUCUUGGCCGGAGACAGAGCCGCAACCGGAGCGCUCCUACGUCUCAGACGCGCCGCGGGUAGUGGAAGAGGUCCCGGUGGCCACGGUGACUGGAGUCGGGGACGUUCUUCAGGGCAGAGAGGUGGACGCGACGGAAGCUGCCUGGAGCCACGUGGAGGGGCCGCGCCCGGCGGCGGCCAGAGAAGCCGAGGGUCCCGCCAGAGGCUGGGGCGUCUUCCCCGAGGGAUCUCGUGCCGCGCGCCGCCCCUGCGGCUGCCUCCUAGGUGGGGAGGACCCGCCGGGUACACUGGCCGCGACACCCCGCGCUGCCUGCUGCUGCGCGCCGCGACCAACCGAGGACGAGCCCCCCGCGCCACCCGCGGUGUGCACCAGGAAGCGCGGCGCGGCGGGGGUGGGCGGCGGCCCAGCGGGCUGCCUGGCGCCCGGCUCGACCCCGCUCAAGAAGCCCCGCCGGAACUUAGAGCAGCCGCCAAGUGGAGGAGAGGACGAAGACGCGGAGGAGAUGGAGACCGGGAACGUGGCUAACCUCAUCAGCAUCUUCGGAUCCAGUUUCUCGGGACUCCUACGGAAAAGCCCCGGGGGCGGCAGGGAGGAAGAGGAGGGAGAGGAGAGCGGUCCGGAAGCCGCCGAGCCCGGGCAGAUCUGCUGCGAUAAGCCGGUGCUGAGAGACAUGAACCCCUGGAGCACAGCCAUCGUGGCCUUCUGAGCCCUUGGCCCCCGUGCAGGAAGGAGGUUGAGCAGCGGGCGUCCCCGAAGUGAGGGCCGGGCCCUUCCCGGCUGCGAGGACGCCCAGAGACCGCGGGCGCUGAGCGCGUUGGGCAGACUGGUUGCCUCCGGGCAUCGCAAACUGCCCCCGGGCGCAUCUGGCUUAUCUGGAGACCUGGGAGCUUGAGGCUCAUUGGAAGAGGACGAUCGUUAACUUUUGUGUUUGUGUAUGUCUGUGUAUGUAAGUUUGUCUUGUGGCAUUAAGACUAUUUUGCUCUUCUGGAAUGCACCACUCCUUCCCCAGGGCUUAAGAGAUUGGGGGCAGACAGGGACUUUCCUUUGCCGGCUGCGUGGAGAAGGAAGCGGCUAAAAGGUCUUGGGCCGGGGAGUUCCCCAUUCGUUCUCCGGGGAGGGAGGGACUUUACACCCACCCCUCACCGGAAAGCUAGACCCACUUCAGGGCCAGGAGUGGCGUUUCCGCACAGGAUUUCCUAAGACGAGAGGGAUUUAGUCAGGAGCACAGACUUGGAUUCCUUGUGUCCCUCCCCACCUUUCUCUCCCAAUGAAGAAACGUUUAUAUCCUGUGAUUACUCUAGGAAAGGGGCAUAUUAACGGUCCUUUGCUUCCCCGUAGGGGAGAAAAAGCUUGACGAACUUCACGGAAGAGUUCAAGCUUGGAAAUAAUGGAGUUUAUAGAGAAAAGAUAUAUUUUUAAAAGCUCUAGGUCAGAAGUACUACACGGUGCUUUUAAAAAGUGUUUAAUGAAAGUUUACAGACAGAAGCCCGAAGUGGAAAGACCUUAUGGUUUUGUAGAUAUGGUGACUCCAGUCUUUGUUGUAUAAAGGUUGGGGGAGCUGAUAAGGUUUUUGUACAGUAUUUUCUCCUUCGUUGUAUUGAUUUUUGUAUAAAAAUGUAACUUCUACGUGUGUAACACGUAUUAAAUAUUUUGAAGCAACG